AUGCACAAGACCGAAAUAUACAUACUCCCAGGAAUACGCAACUUAAUCACUGCCGCUCUCCCACAAGCAACCGGAUCAAUCGAUGUCCAACACUUCCCUCAAGACAUCAUCCAGAACCGACCAGAACUCCGUCUACCGCGUCGAAGCGCACCUAACGCAAACUACAUAUUCAAUGCGAGCCAAUAUGUCGAAGGUAACGACACCGAUUUCCUCAUUGGACUGGUAUCGGCACAUCUGUCACUGUCUGCUCCGGAGGUAGACAAUGCUGAACCAAAGACGAAUAGACAAGUAACGCGGAGUGCAUAUCAAGACGAGUAG